GAGGGAAGCGCAUUGGCUGCGCAUGCGCAAUGUGGAGAACCAGGCGCCUGCGCGCUGGGGGGGCUGUUUUGGCGGGCGUUGCGCAGAAGCAGCCUCGGCUCUGACGGCCUGCGAGAAGGGGGAGUCGGUGCCGUGCCGGACCCGCUUCGUACCCAGGAAUUGGGUGGCCUUGGUGCAUUAGGUGGAACUUCCUGCGCUAUGGGAAAGAAAACCAAGAGGACAGCAGAUAGUUCGUCCUCUGAAGAUGAGGAGGAGUAUGUUGUGGAGAAGGUGCUAGACAGGCGUGUUGUGAAGGGUCAAGUGGAGUAUCUUCUCAAGUGGAAAGGAUUCUCUGAGGAACACAAUACUUGGGAACCUGAGAAGAAUCUGGACUGCCCCGAGCUGAUUUGUGAGUUUAUGAAAAAAUAUAAAAAAAUGAAGGAGGGUGAGAACAACAAAUCAAGAGAAAAAUCCGAAAGCACAAAGAGGAAAUCCAGCCUCUCCAACAGUGCCGAGGACAUCAAAACCAAAAAGAAGAGGGAGAGCAACGAUAUUGCCAGGGGCUUUGAAAGAGGAUUAGAGCCAGAAAAGAUCAUCGGUGCCACAGACUCCUGUGGAGAUUUAAUGUUCUUAAUGAAAUGGAAAGACACAGAUGAAGCAGACCUGGUCCUAGCAAAGGAAGCCAACGUGAAAUGCCCGCAGAUUGUGAUAGCGUUUUAUGAGGAGAGACUGACCUGGCACGCGUAUCCAGAGGACACGGAAAACAAAGAGAGAGAAGCAGCGAAAAGCUAAAGUGCCAUCCUGGGCCAUCCUUAGCUGUACAUACACAUCCACCCGACCCGACCACAUCCAUUGAAAUGUGCUUAUUACUGUGCUCCCAGGAGAAACCUUGUUAUUGGUUCAGUCAUAACAUAAAUGGUUUGCUUCAUGUUCAGCUUCAUCUCUAGUGAAACCCACAACAUUUAUGUGCUGUGUCUCCUCUCUCUUCCCCCCACCCUCCAGAAAACAGUUUUGACUUCUCACAUCCUCUUAGAGCCUCCAGGGGUUUACAGAGUUGUUGGUUCCCUUUGGUUCCAUCCCUUUUUGCCGCUUUAAAUGCUGAGAAUAGCAGCAAUGCUCUUCCUAAACAGAACUAAGUGGAGUUAUCCUGUCCAGGUGCACAAAUGGCUUUGGCUGGAAAAGCAAUAGGAGCUGUCUGCAUUUGGGAAAUCCCUCCUGCUAAUGCAACACAGGGCAACAUCCUGAGAUGGUGAAUGUGGCCUUUGUAUGCUGGCUUGUGUGUUGUUACAUAACUGGCAAAGUCUUGUUGGGACUAUGCAUCUGGACUCCAUCCUGGGGGACACCAAUUGUCCUGGGUUGUGAUGCCUUCCAGCCUGUCUCGUGCCUAGGAUAGUUUCCAGGCUAGUGUUCUCUUUGCAAGCCUAGCCUGCAUUAGUAUUGGUUCCCAGAUGCAGAGCGAGCCCCCUUCCUCCAGGAGGAGUCUAAUGUGUGGGAGAUAGGAAAAGCAGAGCCUUCUUAACUUUAAAUGCGAUUGUGUAUCCCCUGUCGGGCGCAGGUGGAGGUGUACCACUGCUUUUGUAUGAUCUUAUACAGUAUGUAUGUAUAUAUUCGUUUCUCAUUUGGGCUGUGUAUUUCCAUAGUGUGAGCAUAUCAGGUGGCCUGGCUUUGUGCCAAGGCACCUGAUCCAUUUCUGUCAUUGGCUGUUGCUUCAAAGGCCACAAGCAUUGUGUUACCAAAGUGGCUUCCCCCUUGAGGACCUCUCCUUCCCUCCCCCAUGAGCUCUGCCUUGGAAACGUGGAUAGCUGAUCUAAUCUGGUCUGGUAUGCACAGCACUUCUCCCUGGAAAAUAUGCCCUAGGCUCUAGGACGUGCCAGUGGAGCAGAGAGGGCAUUGCUGUUUCCCAGGGGGAUGAAUGCUCGUUUUGCAAGGCAUGGGUAUCUGGGACAGUCGCUCUGCUGCCCAAGAGAGCUGGCAGCACAGUAAGGUGGUGCAGAACUGAGCCGUUGCAGCAUUAGGCACUGCUCUCAGGGGUUCCUUUUUCUUUCCCUCCCUGAGUAUGGUGAGGCCAGAGUGGAGACCUGACCUAGGGCUGGUUGCAGGGUCUGCUCCUUAGCAUCUCGGCACAGCCCUCUUUUGCUUUCCAGCAUCAUGUUCACUCUUCAUGCUGAUCCUACAUCCUGUGUAGUUUAGCUGGACUUGGGCUCUCUUGCCUGUGGCAGUCUCCUUGCCCGCAGGAACUGAUGGAUGUCUUAAGCUCCCCGCUCCUAAUGUUGCAAACAGAGUCCUCCUUUAUGACUAGAAGUAAUAAAAUUAUGGUAUUGCGGUAUUGACACUGGUUUCUGGUUGGCUCGUUCCGUGUGCAAAGCUUCUGCAAGAAUGUGAGAGAGUUGGUUUUGUGACCUUCACUGUGGCUUGGAAAGGCUUAUUGCAUAAAGUGGGGACCUGCAGGUGGAUGAAUUGGAAAGGGGUUGUGGGUUUAUUCUCUCGAAUGAAAAUAUCAUUGUUGCAUCCUGACUUUCCUCAGUCCAAAGGCCUGGUCCUGUUCUUGUUUAUCUUCCGUCAUUCCCACCCCUUUGCUACCCUGAUUCUCUCCCUUUAUAGUGAGCUUUGAAAUCUUGAAUGGCAUUGGGGCAUAUCUGUAGACUGGGUACAGAGGGAGUUUUAUCAGUGCUGACUCCCUUCCUGGCCCUUGGACUCUGGUUAGUCUUUGUUGUGGGCACAGAGAAGUUUGCUUGUUCUGCUUUUCUAGAGCACGUGACGCAGUUUGUUCUCAGCCUUUGUGUCUGUCUCUCUCUCUUCUGGGCACAAGCCCUUUCAGUAUAAUGUUCAUACUGUUGGAUGAAUUCUGCUUGCAAGCAGUUCAGAUGCUGUGGGGGAAAUCCAGGCACCCUGGAAAUCAAUGCCAGAGCUCUCAUUGACUUCUGUGGGGCCAGGAUUUCACUCUGUCUCUAACACAACUUCUAGUUGAGCACAUAUCACUAUGUGCAGUAUUUCCACUUCACUGACGCACCUGCCAUCGUCUUCUGUGCCUUUUGGAGGUGUGUGCAGGCAAAGGGUUAGCAUGGCCAUUGCUUAGAGCAGCAUACUCAAUGCAUCAUUUACUUUUGAAAGUUCCCAUUGGCAGGGUCAGUAUUUCUAGUUGCGUUGUCCUGGCUGAUGUUGAGAGUGAUUUGAAAUUAAAAAAUCUGCCUUCUGAGCCACACUGCCAAACAGACCAGCCAAGCUGCAGCUGCCAGCACACAGAGUAGAAAUGCUGAUGUUCCUAAUGCUGCACACUUUUUCAUAUGUGCUGGGAAGUGCUCCUGGCCCUGGCACCCUUCCAAGGCUUCCGCUUAGCAGCGUUCCUGGCAUCUCUGUAACUGCCUUUGCUCAUCAUGAAGCGCCUGUGGUCUCACAGCCUCUUGUUCCAAUAACCGUGGGGCUUGCACGGGUACCUCUGGCACUAGCGCAACCCACAGAGAUUGAGUGUGUGUUUAUGGGGUUAUGACAUUUUUUUAAUUUGCUUUGAGUGACCUUGGGCUAGUCAGAGAGUGCUCCCAGAGCCAGGGCAUGUGGUGAUGAUGCUUUGGGAGGAGUUUGGGGAUUCCCGUCAUUCUCACUUGGUUAGGAUUUGCGUAGGUUUAGGGCUAAGCCUGACGCAUCUGUAUUUGGAUCUGAGCUGGGUAGCAUGGGCUCCUUGCUGUGUAGCAUGUUAUCAAACAUUGAUGCUAGUAUGUGAAUUGCUGUAGGAUGUAGUUGGUACAAUAGGUAAUGGCAACAGCUGGCUACCUUCCGACUGCAUUAGUUUAGGGGCUUCCCCACCUGUAAUGUGGGGGGAGGCGGGGAUAUCGAAAGAAGCUUUUACAGGGCGGGAUGCAAGAGCAUAGCCUGGCUGCAGUCUAUACCACUUGGUGCGCUGCUUUCAGGUAUUAGCUCAGGUAUAGAAAAAGCUGCUGGCAUAUCAACCUGUGGCUUCCACUUCUUCUCUGGCCCCCAUUCUCCCAGCAUCACAUGCUCCUUGUUCUUCCCCUUCCUCUCCAGCCGUUCCAGCAGGCAGACUUGCUGCUGUUGCUUUAUCCCUGCCUCUGCAUGGAUUUCUUUUCUCUGAAGGGAGUCAGCUAGCCUUCCCGUGAUUUGCUGGAGUCUUGAUCUUUGCCAGCUCUGUUUUCCUCUUCCUCUCCCCGCAGCCCCCAACCUCCUACAGCCCUUUGCACCAAACUCGGAGGGAGCAAGGCAGCUGCUGUACAGCAGUGCUUCUCAAUUAGGGGUACACGUCAGUACAAAGUCAGUACAAACUAAAAUUUCAUACAGACAAUCAUUUGUUUAUACUGCCCUAUAUACUGUAUCAGUGUUUCUCAGCCUGGGUCUGACAGGAUGGGUUAUGGGGGAUUGCAAGUGCAGGGCCGUCAUUAGGGGGUGGCAAGCAGGAGAGCUGCGAAACAGCUGAAGCCAAAGCAUGAGUCCCGCCUCCCGGAGCUGAAAGCAGACCCUUGAAAGGGGUACAGUAGUCUGGAAAGGUUGAGAACCACUGCAGGAGUUGCAAAUAAAGAUGGAUUAAUGCUCUUUCUGUGCCUCCGUGUCUGCUGCAGAUGGGAGUGGAUAAGUGUGUGGGAGUGGAUAAGCCUGCUGGCGAUCUCUGAGCUAGUGUGAAAUGCUAUAGAACAUGGAGCAGCACGCAGAGGACAGGCACUGUUAACAGGAGACUGGCCCCUUCUUCCCACACAGACUGUCUCUCUUUAACUCUUUGCUCUCUGGAAGCAAAUCUAAGCGAAAUCCACCAUUGAUUGUGUUGUGACCUAAGUUCCCCCUAAGCUGCGUGGCUGCUCAGCAGCCUAUUAAGCAUCGCACAGACGCUCGGGGCUGUGGUGGGGAGAGAUGCCUCUCUCCUAGCCCCGACCCAGCCCAGCCCAGACAGUACCAGGUUUAUAAUGGCACCUGACUCAUGCUAAGUAGGGGCCUCGCCUGCCAUCCCAGGACUUCUCUCUCCGUCCCCGCCUUCCGUCACCAGCAGACAGUGACGGGGCAGGAGGCAGAAAGGAGCCCACAGCCACUGCCGCUCCUCCGGGCCGCUGGUGGGGGAUGGGAAGCCCGCAUCGGCGGACCAUCGCUGGCGGCCCGGACUGUGGAAGGACCUGCUGUGGACAGGGAAGAGGUGCCUAUACCGUGGCCCCAGCCCCGGAGCUGCUGCGGUGGGGAAAGGCGCCUCUCCCCCGCAGCCCAGGUGCUGCUGUGGGGAGAGAGAGCUGGGGGGAGUUAAUGGAAUCAUAGAAUAUCAGGCUUAGAAGGGACCUCAGGAGGUCAUCUAGUCCAACCCCCUGCUCAAAGCAGGACCAAUCCCCAGCUAAAUCAUCCCAGCCAGGGCUUUCUCAAGCCUGACCUUAAAAAUUCCUAAGGAAAGAGAUUCCACCACCUCCCUAGGUAAUCCUUUCCAGUGCUUCACCACCCUCCUAGUGAAAAAGUUUUUCCUAGUACCCAGCCUAAACCUCCCCCACUGCAACUUGAGACCAUUACUCCUUGUUCUGUCAUCUGCCACCACAGAGAACAGUCUAGAUCCAUCCUCUUUGGAACCCCCUUUCAGGUCGUUGAAAGCAGCUAUCAAAUCCCGCCUCAUUCUUCUCUUCUGCAGACUAAAUAACCCAAAUUCCCUCAGCCUCUCUUCAUAACUCAUGUGCUCCAGCCCCCUAAUCAUUUUUGUUGCCCUUUGCUGGACUCUUUCCCAUUUUUCCACAUCCUUCUUGUAGUGUGAGGCCAAAACUGGACACAGUACUGCAGAUGAGGCUUCACCAAUGCUAGAUAGAGGGGAAUGAUCACUUCCCUCGAUCUGCUGGCAAUGCUCUUACUUAUACAGCCCAAAAUGCCGUUAGCCUUCUUGGCAACAAAGGCACACUGACUCAUAUCCAGCUUCUCGUCCACUGUCACCCCUAGGUCCUUUUCUGCAGAACUGCUGCCUAGCCACUCAGUCCCUAGUCUGUAGCGGUGCAUGGGAUUCUUCCAUCCUAAGAGCCCCUUGUUGAACCUCAUCAGAUUUCUUUUGGCACAAUCCUCUAAUUUGUCUAGGUCCCUCUGUAUCCUAUCCUUACCGGCCAGCGUAUCUACCUCUCCUCCCAGUUUUAGUGUCAUCUGCAAACUUGCUGAGGGUGCAAUCCAUGCCAUCCUCCAGAUUGUUAAUGAAGAUAUUGAACAAAACCCUGCAAAACCUUCUCUCCCUGCAUAGCCCUGAGGCAGCCUGCACCCCAAACCCCUCAUCCCCAGCCCACACCCCAGCCGGAGUCCUUACACCCCAAACCCCUCAUCUCUGGCCCCACCCCAGAGCCCACACCCCUAGCUGGAGACCGCACACUCUAAACUCUCUGCCCCAGCCCUGAGCCCCCUCCCACACUCUGAACCCUUCAGCCCCAUCCCCACCACAUGAAUUUUGUUAUGUGCACCAAUAUGGUACAACAUCACUUACAUAUUGAUGCACAUAACAAAAUUCAUUCUGCACAUGUGUGGAAAAAAUUAGAGGGAACACUGGUUGUGACCAAAGCUGGUUGCAAAUACUCCCCAUGAGCCUAUUGGACUCUCAUUUUAGCUGUGCUGCAUGUUCUAAUAGAAGCAGUAAAAUGGCUCUGGAUAAAAAGCCUGAUAUGAAUCAGAUUAGAGCCACAUGGCUCAGCAGGCUUGGUAUGUCAGGUGCUGUUUCAGCAGUCAGUCUUGAGGGUAGCUGUUAUGUCUUCUCCCUUCCAGCCUGAAUUAUGCCCCUUUGGGAGAUGCAAAAUAGUUCUUAAGUUGCUUCAGCAUUCGAAGUGGCUUCUAGACAGAGUAAUAGAUUGUGUUGGUUGCAGCCUCAGGCAGCGUAGUAUGUAGUGUCAUCUGUCAAUAGGGCUGUCCUGGACCUCCCUGCAAGCUCGUGCGCCAGGCAGAUCUCUGCCUAUUGAGUCUGCCCCAGAUCCCUCCCCAGUCGCUCCCUUCUAACUGCUCUUGAAUGCUCAGUCCUGCUGCUUUUCCUAUUGCAGAGAGGAAGCUUCUCUGCAGCUGGCCAGCCACCUUCCCUUCUGGCUAGAUUUUGUUUUGCUAAUUUCCGGUAUCAGUGUUGCUCGAAAAGUAGAUGGAGCAGCUGGCAUGGGAGAAAGGGGGUGGGUAAAGAAGUGAUGUCAGAAACCCCUUAGCAAACUCUGAGUAGGUCGUGGGAGGUUUUCGGUGUUUGUGGCCGAAACCAAAUACUUAAUGCUAGACUGAAAAGCUCUCCGGGCAUUGCUUAUUUUGUGUCCCAGCCUGCAUGUCUAGCUAUGAGCAGUACCCUGGUCCUAAUCCUCUUCUUACAGGGUGUUCGGGGCAGGAGGUUAAGUGCCAAACUAAGUUCCUGAAAUGGCAUGUACCAUCUGAAAGAGGAGACGUUUUCCUUCGUGGCAUCUAUUGGGAACCAAAACUCAACCCUUUUCCUUGGCCCCAUUUAUUGCAAACAGCCCUCUCAAAUUGUCCCUCGCUCACGAAAACAGCUUAGUGUCUGUGAACAAGCUGCCCGUAAUGGCGCGGUUUGAAACUAACCUAAUUAAACGAGUGUGAAAGGCUGUGUGGAUGCUGCACUUAUUUAGCUUGUUAAGAAUUGGCGUAAGCCAACCUGAGAUAAUUGUCAACACAAGUGUUCACACUGGUUCUGCAAAAUAAAUUGAGAAAGGCUAAAGCCAGACUGAGGGAAGCCCCGAGAAUGCAGUACGUACUGCAUGCCUCCCGUUGUCACAUGCGGUCUGAUUCCCCCCUGUGUGUACUACGUUUGGGGGUGGGGGGGGGGUGGACACCAGGAUUGGGAUCCUCUUGUUGCACCAUAGUUUUCAAGUUGAAGUCUGAUGCUAGCUAGGGAGGUCAAAGCGAUUUCCCCAGCCAGCUGCCAUUUCAACGCUUGGUUUGUAGUGGUGGGGGGACCAGGGUAAUUUUCAAACACAAAGCGGGGUCGGCUCCGACUGGGACAGGGCUUACAUGUGGCACGCAGAAGGGGAACUGAAAACCAUUUAAUCUUGGAUCCUAAAUCUGCCCCCCCUCCCCCCUCACACUGCUCAGACAAACCUGACCAAAGGCAAAGGAGCGAGCCUCUGAGUGAGAACCCGCCCAAAGGAAUGGCUGGGGGUGCGGGAUGCCCACAUCACAAUAAGGAAGCUGCACUGCAGGUGGAAGUCACUCUUCCGUAUCUGCCAAGACCUAGGUUGAGGCUCCUGGUCUCCUGACGUGCAGUUGUCACUGAACAAGACCCACAUUCAAACACUGGUCGUGCAGGGCUAAUUUUCAAUAAAGCUGGGGGACAGGCCACAGCUGUUGCACCUGUUUAAAAAUGCCAUUUUGAGGGGGACUCUAUCUCCAACUCUCCCAAGGAGGAACACCCAGAAUCCAGGGCUGUGGUUGGGUAAAAUGCUUUUCUGACCUCUCUUGCUCUUUAUUUUAAUCCCUUGUAAGUGGCUGUAACCCAGUGCAGUCAAGGCAGCUAGAACUCCCUGUGCCAACUCAAUGCUCCCCAGCCCUACUGCACUGGGCAGUCCUCCGACGCGUAUCCACACUCUCCUUUGUGGGAAAUGAUCCCCUUGGCCAAUCUCCUCCCUCUGUCAAGUUGCUGUUCCUGGUGUUGUUGUUGUUUUUUUUUAUGGCAAAGCAGAACGCUAAUUUUUUGUCAAAUUUCUUUUGUUGUUGUUAAAUAGAAGGGAUCUGGGGAGCGAUCAUUCUGAGAUAUGGGCGUGGUCUCUGGCCAACUUUGUAACUAGUGUGUUUUUUUAAAAAUCUUUCUUUUAUAUACUGAGCACUUCUGUGUGGACACUUUUUAGGCCGAGUCAGUUCUCAAAGCCAAUUGCCAACGAUUUCAAGUCUUUUGUGCUAAAGGUUGGAUCCGCCCUGCUUUUAAACAACUAUUAACUUUUAGAGAGUCUAGUUCCAGUCUGUCCUCUCUGUCUGUUCCAUGGAGAUUGCCACUUGCAAGGACUGGUAACUUGCAAGUGAAGUGGGGAAAUUAAUUACAUUUUAAUUAAACACAUGAAUUUUUGUCACAGAUGUUCUAAUUUUAUCUGGGAUCACAGCUGAGCCUUCUCUAAGCUGGAACAUGAUGAUUGUCUUCCUCCUCUUAUAAAUUGGACUCCCCCUGAUUAAAAGUCUGUUGGUGAGGCAUGAUUUGCUAAUGAUUAAAACUUGCUCUGAUCCCACAUGUAGAGGCAAGACAGAGCCUUAGUUCAGCCUAGUGUUGAGUCUCCUAGCGCAGUUGUUUUGUAGCAUACAUGCCUCCUUUUGAACAAAUGUAGAGUCCAUGCUCCUAUAAGGGUGAAUCUGCAAAAUACAGGGCUACUUUCUACUUGUCAGUUUCUAGUAUUCCAGGGGGCUAGGUCCUGCCAUUCCAUUUGGGGGCAUCUUUCCUUCCUAGCCAAUCUGAGCUUUUAGGGGUUCAGCUCCCACAUUUUUGAUGUUCCCCCCCUCCCCUGAACAGGGGGUGAACCCCUUUUUUUAAAAAAGUACAUCUCUGACAAAAUGAGACUCUUCCCCUGGAGAGUUCAGAAGUCAUUGCUCAGCAGGCUGGAUCAUUUCAAGGUCUGACACAUUUUAGUCCUAAAUUAUUUUGACAGUGUUACUUUUAAUCUAUGGGCCCAACCUCCUCUCCUGCCAGCCAUCCCAAUCGCUGCUUGGCGUGAGUAAGGGCUGCAAGAUGAAGCGCGAUUGGAAGAGACUUGAGAAGAACCCAUGGCUGCUCCCACCACGUGCCAGGUGUGUGUUUCCUUGCUGUGUCACCAUUGUGUUGCCUAGGCAGUAGGUGGCACAGCACUGUUGGUGUGGGGGCCGUGGGCAGCAUUCAAACCCAUCUCUCUGUUAGAACUGACUUGCUAGGGAAGAGUGGGACUCUGUCCUCCAGACCUUAGCCAGGCGCUACUGUGUGGCGCAAAGUGUCUGUCUGAGCCGGCGUGUGGCUCACGGCUCUCCCCUCUCCCGUGUGAUGUUCAGUAGCGUAGCCCGUCUCUCCGCUAAUGUAUGUUAUGCUUUUUUUAAAUAGUGAUGUUUUUAAACUAGGGAUUUUUUUCCCAUCAUGAGACUGACAUGUUACAAAGGCCCCCUGUCCCUUCGCACUCUUUCAUACUCUUGUAUUGGUUCUAAUAAAUGGUUACUUUUCA